CGGUGCACCGUGAACGCGUCAGGAGUCGCCGAAGAUGGCGGCAUUUCCCGAUUCCUUGAAGUGGUCCGCCGACCCUUGGCCGCGCGCGCCGUGACGCCUCCCGAGCGCGUGGGGUUUCCCGGAGCCGAGUGCAGGGUUACCGCGCCCAUCUCUGCUGUUUGAUGGCCGCAGGAAGACGCCGCUGAGAUCCCGACGCCCGCCGAGGAAGGAAGAAGAAGAAGAAAAAAAAACGGACGACGACGCCGCUAGAACGAAGGGAUUUUGUGCGGUUCAGGUGGACAUUUGUUGAGUUUUCACGCGGGACUCUAAAGCACCUAUUCUAGGGGUAAAACACCGCCUCGUAGCUGCUCGACCGUGCCGGUUGUGUGUGCGUGCGCCCCCGCCACCCAACCCCCCCCCCCACUUCGGCGGGUCAAAACUGUUCGUUCGGGGAGUGCCGCUCUUCGCUAGCAACGCUUGAGCUACAUCCGAACGCCCCGACUGGAGAGAGGAGAAGACGAGCUUUUCUUGUUUCCAGCUAAUGUGAUUUUUUUUUCCCUCUCCAAGCGCUGAUUCCAUCUGAAAGCAGAGAGUCUAGGCGGCGGAGCGAAGCACACCAUUAGCAGAGGAAAAUGAGUGAACUGGAUCAGCUACGCCAGGAGGCUGAGCAGCUCAAGAACCAGAUCCGAGAUGCCAGGAAAGCGUGUGCUGAUGCUACCCUGUCUCAGAUUACAGCUAACAUUGACCCCGUUGGCCGAAUUCAGAUGCGCACUCGCCGGACACUGAGGGGGCAUUUGGCUAAAAUCUAUGCCAUGCACUGGGGCACUGAUUCAAGGCUUUUGGUCAGUGCUUCCCAGGAUGGAAAACUCAUUAUUUGGGACAGCUACACCACAAACAAGGUCCAUGCCAUUCCGCUGCGCUCCUCUUGGGUGAUGACUUGCGCCUAUGCCCCUUCUGGUAACUAUGUUGCCUGUGGGGGGUUGGACAACAUCUGCUCCAUCUAUAACCUGAAGACCCGCGAAGGAAAUGUGCGUGUUAGCCGUGAGCUGGCUGGACACACAGGUUACCUGUCCUGCUGUCGCUUUCUGGAUGACAACCAGAUUGUCACCAGCUCUGGAGACACCACCUGCGCUCUGUGGGACAUUGAGACUGGACAGCAGACAACUACGUUUGCUGGCCAUACUGGCGAUGUCAUGAGUCUUUCUCUGGCGCCCGACACCAGGCUGUUUGUGUCUGGGGCUUGCGAUGCCUCAGCCAAACUCUGGGACAUCAGAGAAGGAAUGUGUCGGCAGACCUUCACUGGCCACGAGUCGGACAUCAAUGCCAUUUGCUUCUUCCCCAAUGGCAAUGCCUUUGCCACAGGCUCAGACGAUGCCACCUGCCGGCUGUUUGACCUGCGUGCUGACCAGGAGCUGAUGGUGUACUCUCAUGACAACAUCAUCUGCGGUAUCACCUCUGUGGCGUUCUCCAAGAGUGGCCGCCUGCUGCUGGCUGGCUACGACGACUUCAACUGCAAUGUCUGGGACACUUUGAAGGCCGAUCGUGCAGGCGUCCUGGCCGGUCAUGAUAAUCGGGUGAGCUGCUUGGGUGUGACUGACGACGGCAUGGCAGUGGCAACAGGGUCCUGGGAUAGCUUCCUCAAGAUCUGGAACUAAGAGUCUGAAGAUAGUAUCCAGACUCCAAAGUGGCGUGGGAAGACCAUUCCAACAUCACAAUGUUCAAUUGUAUUGCAUAUCCAAUCUUUUCAAAACAACACGAUACUGACUCCAAACACCCCAAAAACUAUUAAGGGCAAAAUUCCUCUCUCUCUCUCUCUCUCUCGCUCCUUCCUCCUUAAAAGAGCACAAUUGUCUGUCACUCUCUCAGCUCCCAACUAUAUAGGUCAAGGGAAUUUGGUUGUCUCAAAAUGGAUGGAUGGAAAAUUGUGCAUUCCUCCCAUGACUGGAGGUUGAGUUGAAGAUUACGCAACCAGCGAUCUAACUCCUUAACAGCUUCUUGGCCAUCUUUCAAUGAUUUUCUUCCCUCCUCUCUUUUGACGUCGAUCCAUAGGUUGUCUGUUAAAAUGAGGAUCAAAUCUUUUGUUUUAUUUGCUAAUCUUUACAUGUUUUAAAGCACGUUUUAAUUUGAAAGCAUCCUUGGGAGUUCAACUUUAUCCCACUGGAGAACAAAGCGAGAGAAUUUUGCUUCAAUAUGGAGUCCCCGAGUCUACUUCUGGCCCUGCUGUAUAUUUAGACCCACCAAACUUUAAUUUUUUUUCUUCUUCUCUAGUGUAGUCCAGAAAUCUGUUUGCACAAAAAUGUAAACUUUGCAUAUAUAGAAUAUUGUCUAAAGAAAAAAAAAAAAACUAACCAAGCACAUGCUGUGAUAAAUGAAUGCUUGUUUUUAAAAUGCAAAAGAAAAAAAAAAGAAAACAUUUAACCAUUCUUACACCUUUUUGUCUGGCACCAGUCUAGACUAAUGAAAUGAAGAUUAAUCUAUUGGAUCAUAAUCCACCCGACCCUUUCUUUAUUUUAGUUUCACGUUUUUUUUUUCCUCCCCUUCUGUAGUUUUGUGUUGCUGUGGUAGGGACCACCGGGGUGGGGGGGAUGAAAGGCGGUUGCGACUGCUGAGGUUAGGGAAGUUGCUCCGCUUUAGCCAGACCGCGUUCCCGAACCUCCUCGAACAGGGAUGCCCAUUCCGUGCUUGGAAAUGCAGUUGCUACUCUGAAUGAUAUGUUGUAUAAAUCAAUGUUUGAAAAUAAUAUUGAAGCUUUUUAAGUUAAAAAAAAAAAAAAAACUUGAAAAAAAAUUGGUCGUCUGCCAUGGGUGGGUUAUCUCUUAGAAUCGCAUGCUGUAGAAUUGCUUAAAAGAUGCAUAUGAAAUUAAGUCUUGUUUUUCUUUGAGAAAAGAACCUGUUGAAUAUAUCAAUACAACGGUAUUUAUUUUUCCUCCCCCUCAGUUUUGACUUUUUUUUUUUUUUUUUUUUUUUGCUACUCCGUGCAUACAUAACAAAUGUCAAAACUAUGCACAUGAGAAGCAAAUCCUACAUUAUUAACAGUUGCUUAGUCCACACUUGGGAGGGAUUCCACAAAUUUAGAUGUAAAUUGUACACACUUGCAUAUAUAUACACACCCACGUCUAAUCACCUAAAACAUACCAAUGGGACAAAUUUUCAUCCUUCUGUAGCAAACAAAAUUUCACUUACAAAGAAAAACAUUUUCUAACUUUUUUUUUUCUGUCCUUUAAUAAAAAAAAAAAAGAUCUUGCAGCAUCUGGAUGGCAGACUUUUGUUCCCUUCUCCUUGUAAACAGACCCUCUUCCUUUUAGCAUUAGUGCCGUUUUUUUUCUCUGCAAAAUUCUGUACAAAAUUAAAAGAUGUGCUGUAAUUGUGCGUUAGGCCUGGAGUUGGCAAAAAAAAUAAAACAUUAAAACCGAAUAAAAAAAUUUCCCCCCCAAAAAAUCCCCUUUCUCCAUCAAAUAACUGUAGAGCUCUGCACCCCCCUUCUAUUCCCUUUUCACCUUUUGUAUUUAAUUUUCAAGUCAGUCAGUGUACAACCGAAAGCUGGAUGCAAGAUAGAAACUAUAUUAAAAUGUACUGUUAUUUAAGAUGUAAUAAAAAGCAGUUUGAGAUGA